AUGGAUGAUAUUCUUUUCCAAAUUGAAUCUUGGUUGUUGAGCAAUUAUGCUGAGGCUGCUGUUAUUACACUAUGUGUUGCAGACCAUAUUGAGACAUGGCCCAGAGAAUUUAGCUCAAUAUGGAAAAGAAAAUUAACUGGAAUUUCAGUACUGUUCCUGGUGAACAGAUACAUGUUGCUCUUGAAUCUUAUAAUUCAAGCAAUAUCUGCUUUUCCUGGAAAUGGAACAGAUAAACAGUGCCAAGCAUUAAAUACGAUAUUUUCAAUUUUUGCAAUUUUGUCCAUAGUUGCAGCCAAUGCUUCUGCAUUCAUCAUUUCAAGAUUUGCACUUGAUGUAGUGAGCACAGUACUAGAAGUUGGUGUUUCCACAAUUGGAUCACCAUUUCAAAACCUCUCAAGGUGUGGGCUUGGCAUUAAUAAUUUAGAUCAAUACAUUGAACUGGCUAUUCCACUGUUGGCAUUGGGAUAUGACAUUUUCAUCUUCAUUCUAACUGCUAUAAAGACUGUGCAACAUUCACUGGAAAUGCAAAGGCUCAAUCAGUCUAGUAUUACACAAAUAAUCAUCCGUGAUGGGACUUUGUAUUUCCUACUCAUGCUUGUAGUGGCUAUUAUUCUUGCUAUCUUCAGUGUGGUAUCAUUGAAGUCUGGAAAUACCAAUAAUUUUGAAAACUUUGUUGCACCAUUCUUUGAUAUAUUGCCCAACCUUCUCAUCAGCCGCCUGAUGCUCAACUUGCACACAUAUUCUGAACCUGGAAACUCUACAAUAUCACAAGGGCAACAGACCCAUGUAUCAUCAUUGAACUUUGCUUCCAACCAGAUGUUGGGGAAUAUUGGAGCUCCAUUAGAUGGAGAAUCUUUCAAUGAGGAAGAAGAAGAAGAGAGACUGGUGAUUGUGCAGCCUCCAGAGCAUAAGGAAGGCUUCUGA